AUGUAUCUUUUUCGCUUUAUCACUUUAUCAUGGCUGUUUUUAACAGUUUGUGUUACCGCUUUUCCCAUUUUUGGGUUUCUUCCUCCCCCCAUUUUGUCAAAAAGAAGCGACAGUUUCCUCUACCGCGGUACUUCAACAGAGGAGGGGAAGUCCGUUAUUGAGGGAAAUUCAGUGGUUCCAAAGGGGGCGAGCCACCCCCACGGUCCCCUGACUUUCAAGACUGACUGGGAGACCCUUAGACAUCACGUGCUGGGGAGGCUUGGUGAUAAUAACAACCGGUCCCCUUUCAUCUCUACCACACCCAGUAGGAGAAUAGCGGAGGGGUUUGUGGCUAAAAGCGAGGAUACUAGGGAAAUGAAUGGGUCGCUUCUUAUGAUCGACCGGCAGGGCAUUUCUGAAGCGUACAGCGCCAAUAGGGAGUUUCAGAAGCAUGGACAGGUUAAUCCGUUCGGCCAGCAAAUGGAAACUGUUAUUAAAGGCGAAAUCCCGUCAGGCGCCAUUCGAGCUGUUAUAUUUUAUAAUAAUGGGAAAAAAACGACCCAGCAAAACCCGAACUAUCUUUACUACACUUAA